AUGUCGACCGAAGAACAGAAGCCCAAGGUCAAGCUUUACUGGCUGGAGCAGUCCAGAGCUCAGAACAUCCUCUGGCUUCUCGAAGAGCUCAAGAUCGACUAUGAGGUAGAAGUGUUCCACCGCAACAAGCAGACCAUGCUUGCGCCCCCGGAACUGUCAAAGAUCCAUCCCCUGGGCAAAUCGCCAGUCAUCGAAAUCUUCCCGACCGGUUCUGGGGAGUCGAUCAAGCUGGCCGAGAGUGGCUUCAUGACCCAGUACCUGUGCGAGCACUUCGGCCAGGACACCACACUCAUCCCCAAGAAGUGGAAGGACGGCCAGGAGGGCAAGAUCGGGGGCGAGACCGAGGAGUGGAUGCGAUGUCAGUACUUCCUGCACUACAUCGAGGGAAGUCUCCUGCCCGUCCUCACGUUGUCUCUUGUCGUUAGUGCCCUCAAGUCGAACAACGUUCCAUUCAUCGUUCGACCCAUCACCUCGGUGGUUGCGAACAGGAUCUUCAGCAUGAUGGUCUUCCCCAAUGCCAAGAAGCACCUCGCCAUGCUGGAGCAGCAGCUUGAGACCGCCCCUGGAGGCGGCAACAAGUACAUCUGCGGUCCCAACCUCACAGCUGCCGAUAUCCUCCUCAGCUUCGCGCUCAUUGCGGCUGAGGACAGAUUGGACUCCUUCGGAAACUGGCCAGGUGGCUCGGCCAAGAAGGCUCACCCGAGGGUCUUUGAGUACAUUGAGCGACUCAAGAAGGAGCCUGGUUACGAGCGGUCCGCUCAAAAGAUUCGCGAAAUCGACGGCAAGUUUGAGCCAACGAUUUCGAAGAUGUAA